AUGCAUCUGCAACAUCUCUUCAAGGCAGCGGCCGCUCUGGCCUCUGUGCUUCCUUUGUCUCAUGCGACGACGUUGGCAAGGUCAGCCAGGCGCCAGUCGGCCGAGUCCAAAUAUGUCUUUGCGCAUUUCAUGGUUGGCAUCGUCGAGAACUACACUCUCGCGGACUGGGAGACCGAUAUGAAUACGGCCAAGGACAUUGGCAUUGACGCGUUUGCCCUCAACUGCGCCAGUAUCGACAAGUACACGCCAACCCAGCUGGCCCUGGCAUACAAGGCUGCAGCGGCGGUCGACUUCAAAGUGUUCAUCUCCUUUGACUUUGCGUACUGGAGCAACGGGGACACGGCGAACAUUACCGAGUAUAUGCAGACGUAUGCAGGCCACCCGGCGCAGAUGCAGUACAACGAUGCAGCCAUCGUGAGCACCUUUGUUGGCGACAGUUUCGACUGGGGUCCGGUGAAAGCAGGGACAAACCAUUCGCUUUGGGCGCUGCCAAACUUGCAGGACCCUGCAGAGUCGUCCACGAACACCCAGCGCUCGGCUGAUGGCGCCUUUUCAUGGUAUGGAUGGCCGACCGAUGGAGGAAACAGCAUCAUUAGCGGACCGAUGACGACCAGAUGGGACGACAUGUUCGUGUCUGACCUCGGAAACCAGACAUACAUGGCUCCUGUUUCACCCUGGUUCUUCACCCACUUUAACAGCAAGAACUGGGUGUUUAUCUGCGAGAAUCUGCCUACCUUGCGAUGGGAGCAGAUCUUGACCCUCAAGCCGAGCCUUGUCGAGAUUGUCACAUGGAACGAUUACGGCGAGUCGCACUAUAUUGGACCGUACUCGGAAUCGCACUCGGAUGACGGAUCGUCGGAAUGGGCCAAGGGAUUCCCACACGAUGCCUGGCGCGACCUGUACAAGCCCUACAUCCAGGCAUACAAAGCAGGCGAAUCCAGCCCGACCAUCGACACGGAGGAAUUGGUGUACUGGUACCGGCCAACGCCCAAAGACGUCACAUGCACCAACGACACGCUCCCGGCGCCCAACGGACGCGAUCUGCUAUCGGACACCGUCUUCGUGGCCACGAUGCUGAAGGAUAAUGCGACAUUGACCAUCACCAGCGGCUCCGAGAAGCCGGUGAGCGUCGAGGUUGGAGCUGGGAUCGUGACGACGAACGUCACCAUGGGCUUGGGCACGCAGUCAUUCUCGGUUAGCCGCAACGGGGAAACGAUUCUGAGCGGAGAUGGCGGGCUGAAGAUCACGGACGAGUGCGAGACGUACAACUACAACGUGUAUGUCGGGGCGGUGAAGGAGUGA